AUGUAUGGUAUUCAAGCGUAUGUCUUUCAAACUGGGAAGGUGAAUAUUUCCGACACAUCCCAAAACAACCAUGGCUGCCAGACCGUUUCUUUCAAUACUCAGUUCCAGGGUUCUGGAGAUGUAAAGGUGUUUGCAACGCUUAGCCACGGAAGCGAACAUGUCAAAAUCCACGACCCAGCGUCUGUUUGGGUGAAGUCAGUGUCCACAUCUGGUUUUGAUGCCUGCGUUCGUGAAGCAGGCAGUGGUUCUGGAGGCGCGUCUGUGAUCAACUGGCUUGCAUUUCAAGGUUCGCACCAAGGUCUUGAUUCGGGAAUCGUUGAAUUUGAUGAAUUCACCUCAAGAACCCAGUGCAAGAGGAUAUCGCUUAGUAUUCAGAAUAAGGUGAGAUGGUAAAGUAGGUGAAUUCAAUCAGUCACUUUAACAUACUUACAGGUGACAAACAAUACAUCCUUACUUGGACAAAAUCGAUCAGGCAUGGAAGAAGGGGCCUUAAGCCUAAAGCUACAUGUAGAAUAGAGAAUUCGGAAGUCCCAUGCUUUACUGUCAUAAUUAGUCACUUAGAAGGAACUUUGAAAGUGUCACAUCAGGGUUAUGUAGAAUCCCAGACCUUACAUUUUCAUUCUUCUGUGACAUAGAUAAUUCUUCUUUUGUUACACUCUGUCUUAGGCGAGACCCCAAGUGUUUGUGACUGUUCUACAUAAACAUUCCGACCGACCAUUUGACUCCAUGAACAUUUGGCUAGAGGACGUCAAAAAGGAUAGUUUUGUGGUUUGCUUGAGGGAGUUUAUGAGCUUUGACGGCAUCCAUUCAGGUCUCAAAGUGGUAAGUUGAGAUUAGAGAAGUCUGAGGAGACUAGUCUUUAUUGCUCUAUUCACGAAAUUACCACGCAGGGUUUGUGUGGCAAAGAAGUCCACCUUUGGGUAACUAAAGGGUGCGUUCCAGUACAUGUGGCAUCACACACUACACUUCUAUGUACAGUAAAUUCUAUAUCGUGCUUCUUCUCCAACUUGUAUUACAAAAAUUAAUAUAUCAAAAACAACAGUGAAAACAAGAAAAUCGUUUCAGUUAAUGUCUUAAGUGCUAGUUUAUUUAGGUUAGAUGUACCUGUUCCCAAUGCUUUUUGCAGCACUUCUGUCUGUCGGAACUCCCCAUCUCAGGACGAAGAAUAAUGAUAAUAAUCGUCCGCAAAUCUGCAAAUAAAUUUGUGUGUAUUCUCUUUUUUUAAAAGAACUGGCUUGCGUAUGAUGUGCUCCCGGCGUUUUGGAAUAUUACUGAAAGAGGAAAGCUUCAUUUUUCUGGACUUGGUGCACCAAAGAAAGAAAACAACUAUGCUUUUUGUCAGGUUGGAAAGACUAACGGUCUUCUACAUGUAUGAGCCUCUGUUUAGUUUAGUACGGCUCAAGGGAAAACGUGUAUCGCCUAUUUCUAGGAGAGACUAUAGCAGUCUGUUUUUAUAAUAAAUGUACGGUUAUCAGUGACAAAAUAGGGUUUAUCGUAUCGUUGAUCCUGAUUUCUGUUGUACACCUGUAUUUGAAUUGUACAAAAGUGCAUCCACUAGCAGUCUUUAUAACCUUGAUGUUGCACUAUAAUCUCUUUUAUUUAUUUAUUUAUUUAUUUUAGAAAACUUGCAGAACUUUGUUCUAUUUGGAAUAAGAGAAAAAAAGCUGUUGGAGGCAGGCAGUGUACAUGAACUGAUGCGUUUUAAGACAUUUUUAAAUGUCUUAAAUGUUAAACAAGAAAAUUACAGAAAGGUCUUUGAAUUACAAUACUUUUUCUUAAACCAAGGUCGGAAUAAGAAGGUGAUAAUCUUUGAAUAAGGCUUUAUCAAUGCAUUUUUUUGUGUAAUUUUUUUUUCAGGAUUAUAAAUUCGAAAAUCCAUUUUACGAGCCUCCUAGUGUCCUCACGUCUGCCAGACAUGACAACGUUACCAGUGCUCUGUGGAUAAAGGCUGAUGGUCGUCUGAGCAAUGCUUUAAAUGUUUGGAUCGAGGUAAGUAAUUUUCCAGGCCAUAUACAGCCAUUUAUCUUUCCUUAUUUAUUGAAACUGAUUUUAGAGUUCUUUUUUCAAUUGCCUCCACACUCCAAGUAACUGAGUAAAAAUGAAUUAAGCGCUCGAAGUGGCUGCACCGCUUUUAUAUUUAACUUAAUCAAAUUCCUUAGUCAUUACAGUAAUUGUCGUUUCAACUAUGGUUUUGUACCGAGAAAUUUAUUAUUAUUAUUAUUAUUAUUAUUAUUAUUUCAAUUGUGGGCUAGAAAAAGAGUGGCGAAUAAAAGAACUUCAUUCAAUUUCAGUAAAAUUGAUUUUUCUCGAAAAAAUUGACUGAGAUAAGUGUAAAAAGUUUUUUUUCUGCACAUACUUUUCUUGCGUUUGUACUUCUUACACCACAAAAGAAAUACCCACGCCUUAAAAAUCUAGGAACUAGAAACGUAAUUAAUACGCAGAAAGCUCCACUUCUUUUUUCAUCUUACUUGGAUAGACUAAGGAAAUUUUUGAACAAAGAGAUACUAAGUUGUAAAUUUAAUAUUUAGUUCAUUGUUUAGGAAUUCUACAAAUUUUUUGUAACUUAAGUUUGACUGGAGUUGUAGUAAAUUGAUCGAACUGAACAGUAUUUCUUGCUAAAUUUGUAGCAGUUAUAACUGAAUGAAUUUGUUAUCUUCUAGGAAAUCACUCGUUUGUCUUUCAAAGUGUGCAUCAAGGACAGCCAGGGAAUAAGCAAGUCUCACGAUCCAGUUACAGUAGACUAUGCAAUUGUGGGAGGUAAUUUGUUGUUUCCAUUGCAUCCAAAAUCAGAAAGAAAGAAAGAAAGAAAAGAAAAACAAGAAAGAUAAGUUUUUGGACAUAAUUAUAUACACGUAGUGAAAGUCUUAAAAAUGUAUUGUCUUCUAUAAUUCUUCUGACUUAAGUCUAGGACCGCAUGCCGAAUGGAGUAAUAUUUUUCCGAAAAAUGUAUAUUUAUUUUAAGCACUUCAUGCUUCAGUAAGAUUUCUGAUAGGAGUUUAGGAAAAAAUUGGUUAAAUUCCUGUCGUAAGAAGUGAUUUUGUAUUUUUUUCUCAAAGAUAUUGACCCGUGCACAAAUGUUACUUGCGAGUACCAUGCCAUCUGCAAAGCUUUCUCUGCAUUUGAUGCUCGUUGUGUAUGUGAUGACAACUGCCCGUCGUACGAAGAGCCCGUAUGUUCAUCUAACUCGACAACAUUCAAGAACAAGUGCUUUUGUCUGCUGGACAUUUGCAAACGCAAAAGUAACCACACGCUUUAUCAUCCUGGCAGCUGUACAGGUAAAAUUCUUAGGCUUUUUUACCUUACUUCUUUGUUGCCAACUACAAAGCAUGAGACGAUCUACUAGGCCUGACUAAGGAUUAAGUAUUGCUUUUGUUUCCGCCUUUUUAGCACAAGUUCCUCUUCUCGCUCUAGCCCUCCCCACAAACACACACACACACACCAUCCCUAUAGAUGAGUUGUAAGAUGGGUCCAUUACCACGUUUUUAGCUCUUGAUAUCACUUUGUUUUGGUUUGUUAGUUUGUUUGCCUAAUUUGCCAAAUGCGUACUUACCAAUUGGAGGUAUUACUUUUAUAGGGCAUUUACACCUGACAUUGAAGCAAAAACUACUUGUUCCUCUAUCCUUCUUUGUUCUAACUUUUUGUGUAUUUUUACACUCCUCUUGCCUCCAUUUAGGCUUUCCUGUUCAAACCGGGCGGGUUUCACUCGUAAGACAUGUAAAAUCGGCUGAGACGGCCUGUAAAGUGGUGGAAUUUCCGCCAUUCUCCUUCUAUCCAGACAAAGAGGUACACGUGCAAUUAACGACCAAUCACUGGAACAUAAGCAGGAAAAAUUUUAUACAUGACGCCACAGUUUCAUGGGUACACACCGUUAACUACAAAAACUUUGAGGUGAAUAUUGAAAACAAUGUUUUAGUUUAUCCUAAAGGACAGCGGUCUACCAAGUGAUGAUAGUUACUAGGAUUUAAAAAUUCGCAUACUCGUCUUGUAUCUUUUUAUAAUUAAUUUCUCUUAUCCCUUUUAUUGACGAUUUGUGAAAAAAAUCGUCCUUUAAUUGCUGAGUCAGACGUAAUUACUGUUUAAUUACUGUUCUUUAAUUCCUGUUGUGCUUCGGUAAUUUUAUAACUUGUACCACUUUUAUCAUUUUAAUAUUGCUUACUCUGCAUGUCUUGUUUAUUCUCAAAAAUUAACAUUACACGUAACAUACAUAACUUGGUAUCAGAUUUUUUCCCUGUGAAUAUGUAGCCCUUAGCUUUUGCAAAUGUUAUCCAGUGAUUAAAAAAGUAUACCGAGGAAGCCCGAAGAGCAAAAUGUUUGUAUUCUCGAUUCAUCAGUAAUUAAAAACCUGCAAUUACGAGGUAAAAUCUCAAUUAACCAAAUAUGUGUUGAAUUGUAUCUUUAGGUCUGCGUGACAGCAGCAGGACGGAAUGACCGCUCUACUAAGGAGUUUGCCACAGUGGACUGGAUGGCUUACCAAGGAGCACCUGAUGGUGGUGUGGCGGGAAAAUCACGCAUUUCACAGUGGUGGACUGGAUCACAGUGUGAAGAAGUUAACCUUCCCCAGGCAAUUAUCUAUUUUGUUUCCAUUUUCUGGAAUUGCACUUAAGGUAGUUGUUUUUUGGGACCUAGAGGUGGCGAGAGGUCAUGCCACCCUCCCAUUAGUAAUAUCUAUGAUUACGAAUCUUACGGUGUUGGCAGUAAGUCUCGCAAUUUCGAUGCUGAAGUAGGAAAUUGCAUCAUUUUUUCAAUUGCCGCCAUACUGGGUUUUUAAUGUCUUAGGAAGGUGCCCGAUUGUAACGAAAUCAAGUUGUUCAGAUAUUUUGCAUUAUUCUUAAAAACCAUAAAAGUUGUUUUGCAUAGCAAAAAAUAAAUCAACAAAAAUACGAGAUAUCCUAUCAAUGUGAACCACGGUCAAAUGUCUUAUUCUUCAAAUAAUUUCGAUCUAAAAAUGCUUUUUUUCAAGUUGGACUCCAUAGCACAAAGUAUGUUUAAGAUUUUUUUUAUUUGCAGGCUAAACCCUUUAAAAGUGCGAAAACAAGCCUUCAUUCAUGCACUAAAUUUUGUAUACAUGACAAAUAUUCGUCUUCCAAUUAUGCCUAGAUAGGUUAAAGCAUAAACCAACAGAAACUGAAACGAUGAAACGAAGCGGACAAAACCGGCCUUGUACAACCCAAGGCCAAACUCGUGGGGGCCAGACACUUCACCACCAUACGGAAAGGCCAUGUACAAAUCGAAAAAAAGUCGUGUACUUCGUACAUGCAGAUCGUGUUUCAUUCUUUCAUUCUGAUUUUUUUUAAUUCUUUGUUUUGGAUAUGUUAUUUAAAAGUUAACAAUAUUAAUUAGUCUGGAGAUACGACUUUCCAUUCUUGAUUUUCAUUGAUUUUCAUUAAUGGUUGCUUUAUAGGGAAAGUUUGCUACUGCCCCAAGAAUCCUGGUUACAGCACAACAUAUAAGUGCAGCCUUUAAGCACAACGCUGCGAGUUUGUGGGUGGAGAACGCAACCAGUUCCUCCUUUUACAUUUGUCUUCGAGAGCUUCAGAACUAUGAUGGUCUGCAUGAAGAUAUCUUUGUGGUAAUUUUACAUUUUUUUUUCUUAAGAGAUAUACAUUAUGAACACUAAAAAAAAAAAGCACAGAAAGCAAGGCUUUAAUGAACCUUGUGUUAAAGAGAAGCGGACAUUAAGGAAGAAGAUAUUCCAUCAGCUGGGGCUGAUAAAAAUUCCAUAGUCUUAUUUUCAUAUUCUUCUGAGAAAAAGAGCAGCCACUAUAAGAAUAUCGCAGCACUGUGUUUCAAAUUUUAGACUCCAUUUCACAACAAGUGAUUGCUAAUCAUAUCUUCAAUAAUCCAGCCAGGAACGCUUUAGCUCUUAAAUGACUGCCGUUAAAGACAACUAAGUGUUCAGAGUCCUGAAACGGCCACUCUGUAGCGGAAAAAAAAACGCUUUUUAACCAAAUCCAAAUUUUUGGACCUGUUCAGUUUUGACCAAUUGGCACGAAAUUGGCUAAAAAAGAGAUUUGCAAAACCAGAUGCACGUUUUCUUGCUAAUUGGAUGCGUUUAUGCAGCUAUGUUGUAAUACUUUUUCAGAAUUGGAUGGUCUUUGAAACAAUCCACCGGCCCCUUUUUGCCGAGAGCAAACAAGUGAAUUUUCCAAACAACAGCCCUGUUUCUACAAACUACAAUGGUGCAUUUUGUAAGGUAGGAAGCGAGCUCGUUCUGUAACUUUACGAUAAUCCGUUGGCAUGUUUUAUGUUCUUCAGCAAUUUAACAGAUAAAAAAGCUAUGCAACAGGUUUUCCAUGUUUCACAUACUAUGUUGUAAAGCGGUGUUUUCUAUUACUAUCACCACCUUCACAACAGUACUCCUUUUAGGAGGCUCCGGCUUGUGCGAGUGCGGGGGAAAAUUUUGCACUGGCGGCUAUGCCGCCAAAAUUUCCCUCGAACUCGCACACUUGACCCUGCUCGCAGGCCAUUCCUCGAGAAAAAUCGUAGCUAGCGUGGGGGUGUGAUUGAGCAACUAGCUCGCCACACGAUGAGGUACCAGGGAUCUUAUUUACAUCUUGGUCUUUAUUCUUCUUUGACUUAUGCGAACAAUCUUAAUCUUAAUCUUCUUACUCUGCUUCUCUACUCAGUCCUUACUCUGACCUAACUAAGUUUUAGCCGUGGGAUAGCAGCGGUUUUUAUAGCCAAAGCUGGGCAUGUUUGGGUUUGCUGACCGUGGGAAUAAAAUCAAGAUAAACUCGGUGUGGGUAAUGUUUUGUUAUUACUGAACCGACAUGGUUGCGAUCGGCAAGAAGCUACAAACUAAUGAAAAACUAAAACGCUGGUUAACGCACCCAAACAGGAACUUCAACGAGACUAAUGAACCAAGGUCAGCUCUAACAUCACAAACACGACCACCUAGCGAGCUAAGCAAAAAUUCAAGUACAUGUAAAAGCAAGUGAUCAAAACAGGAAAACACGUAUGUGGACAAAUCAAGACUAACCUUGACCCACUUAAUGAAACAAAAACGAAACUUAAAAGAAUAGACAGAUCUAAAAAUCAAUUUUCAAUAUACUUCACAAGACUAGUUUUCGACACCUAUCACCAAGUAUCAAAGGAAAAAUAAUAAUUUUAAUUUUAUUUCCAGUAUCAUAUUAACAGCCAUCGUUUUCUAUCCUUAGGAUUUGCAGUUUGCAAGAAAUUACGACAAAGAACCCAUAAUAAUAAUAGCAGCCAGUCACAACUCCGAGGGCAGCAAUCUGAAACCAACACACAUGUCUGUUACUGCAUGGAUUGAGGUAUGGAAAGAUGCAGUUGUUGUAUGUUAUAUUUACGAGUUCAGAAUGCCAAAAAAUAAGUAAAUAAAUAAAUAUGUCAGAUCUGAAAUACCCUUAGGAAGUUAAGCCCUGUAAAAUAAUGUACAUGUAUCAACUUAAGCCAAGGCUUAUUCCGCGUAGAACUUUCAGUUUAUCAACCAUUGUUAUUUAAAUCUAACACAUUGUGUUUCCAAAAGUAGUUUCUCCUGCUCCCUGCAAAUUUCAAGAGUUUCAGUAAUUUCGUGUUAGCAAGAAAGCGACCUUAUGGCAGGCCUUUAGGCGAAAGAACUCAAAACCAGUACGGUAGUCACAUUUUUAUCUUUAUCACUAAAAACAUUUUGUAAAUAAUACAAUUUGUCGAUAUGAGAGUAAAGAAUUGUGAAAAGAAGUUUUGUGAGACCACAUGAUCUCUCACAAAUUCGUCAUUUUUGAUUUUGAGGCAGCCACCAAAACGUCUGAGCGCGCAGUUGCCCAGUCAACGAUGAACUGAGCAAAAAUAUGUUUUCUUCUAUCCUGGAAUGAACACAGUCACACAAAAAUUUCCUUUUUAGCCAUUUUUUUUUUUCGCAGUUUUAGCAUAGAAAUGAAUCACAAGAAAAUUUGCGAACACUUACUCGCAAAUAUCGCAAAAAUAACGAGCGUAACAAAUUUGACAAAAUUCUAGACUCAUAAAGGGAAAAGGCCAAGAAGGGCCUCGAGAAGUCGGCAAAUUUCGCAAAAAUCCAUAACAAUCAAGAGCAAAAAAACCUGACAUGUUACAUCCCUGUUUGACGCCGGUUUUUAUGUCAGACCACUUGCCUAGUUGCCCUUGGUCUUCUACAGCACCCUUGAAGUCUUCAUAGAAUAUUUUUACCAUCCUAAUGAUCUUUUCUUGGACUCCGUAUUUCUUCAUGAUUGUCCACAUGCUUUCUCGGUGCAUAGAGUCGAAGGCCUUUUCAAAAUCUAUGAAGUUCAGAAAGUGUUGCUUGCCACACAUUAACCUGCUCAAUGAUGUUCCGCAGUACAAACCUCUACAAAUACCUGUUCUGUCGUCCCCCUGCCUUUUAUAUAUCCUUCCUGUUCUUUCCUUAUAUAAUGUGUCAUCGACUUCACUUCUUAUCCUUAUCGAUAAUAAUCCUGAAUAGUAUCGUUCCCACAACAGAGAGUAAGGUUAUGCCUCUCCAAUUCUUGCAGUGUUUGGUAUUUCCUUUUUCUGCUAGUUUGAUGAUGAGCCCUCGCCUCCAACUCUUCGCGAUCUUCUCAUACUGCCAUAUUUUCUUCAUCAGUUGAUAUAUUUUCUCUGAUGAAAACUCUAUGUCUGCUUUCAGUAACUCUGCUGUUAUGGCGUCAUUCCCGGUGCUUUCCCAUUUUAUAAUCCCUUUUUCGCUGCCUUGACUUUGCCUACUGCUAGGUUGUCUACUGCUAUCUCUUCUACUUUGUCAUGGACGUCAUCGUCCCGAUCAUCAGUUAUUGGGUUUGCUGAUGCUUUUCUAUUAAGCACCUCCUUAAAGUGUUACGUCCAUCUUGCCUUUACUUCACUGUUACUAAUGAUGAGGGUUUCAUUCUUGUCUAGAACCGUUGUGCUCUAUCUCGAUCUUUCAUUUCAUAACAUCAUUGUAAGCUCAUAUAGUGUCUUAUGUGUUGGCUCCUUGCAGCUUCUUCUGCCCAUCUGCAAUGUUCUCCAUCCACUUUCUUUUAUCCGCUUUUAUACUCUUCUUAACUUCUCUGUACUUUUCUGUAUACCUCGCCCUUAGUUGUCUCCCGACCCUUUCUGAUCGUGUACUGAGAAUCUUUUUAUUGAUUUCCUCCCUUUGCUCUACAAGUUUCCAUGAUGCGUCACUGGUAAAUGGUUCUUCCACUUUCCUGGUCUACCUAGAACUCUAUCUGCAACCUCAGGGUACGCCCUCUCCAUCACUUGAAAGUCACGCUAUAUUUCUUCGUCUUCCUCUAUUUUUAGCCCUUCAUCCUCAAGUACCUGAUAUCUGUUCUUCAGGGCUAUGCUAAAUGUCUUCAAGGUGUUUUCAUUUCCGAUGUUCGCAGACCUGUAAACCCUAGUGUCUUCCACUGAAUUCCUAAAUCUUUUAUUAAUGAGUACGUGAUCUAUCUGAUUCCUGGUUAUCCUAUUUGGCGAGUACCCAUUGUAAUUUACAAGGACAGAAUACCAGAACCAAAAAUCCAAGUAAACCACUUAACACGGUGCGCGACAUAAAACGAACUCGACGAGAAGUGAAGGAAGUAACAUGAACAGAUUUAUUGAACCAGAGAUCAAUGUUCCUAGCCCAGAGGUCACAACUUGAUACAGAAGAAUCGACGGGGUCGAUUGACAAGACAAAAGGUCUUUAAGUUGUGAAAUCGGUACAAGUCGUACAAAGUCGGUUCGAACUGAAAACGAUAAAAUCGAACGAAAACUUAGCUAAAAAAUACAUAGAGUGCAAAUAUAUCUGACUAAAAACCGAUGAUAUCAAAUAGCGAACGGGAACUAAAUAACACUAGAAAAUACAUUAAAUCAGCCUAUAAAGUUAUUAAAGUAAUACGACGAUAAAGCUGCUGAUAUCAAUCACUCAGCAUACUCAUGUUGAAGAGUAGCGUAUAAGAACCCUUAAAACCACUGUAGCUCAGUGAUGACAAGACUAAAUAGAUCCCUCGCAUAAACAGAAAAGGUUACAACAACGAUGUUGCAAAUUGAUAACCAAAACUAAGCUCUAUAAUUCCUAUGAUGAAAUCGAUACUGAAAAAACUAAAACAGAAAAGGAAAACUAUACUCACUUUGGUUUACACACACACCAGUGUUAUCUUGAAUCAAAAGCUAUGCUGAACUUGAUAGUUGAUGAGCACGAGUGUAGAUAGAAAUGAAGCCCCAAUGGCUGACAGAAGUUAACACCAUGAAGUCUACACUAGAACUGAACUAACUAAGAUGAAAACGCUAAAUUUGUAAUAAAGAAAACGUGCUUGAAAACGAUCUAGAAAUUAUUACGUAUUUCCCAAGGCGGACAUAACAAAAAAGGGCUGGGAAAGUAGCCGUGGGCUUAUCAAUAAAAAUCAUCAUUUAUGUAGGCGAUAAUCGAUUUAUAAUAACUACCGUAAGCACGUUCAUGCACCAAUAAGGGAUAACGAAAAGAAAUCACGUUUCAAAACCAACACCCAUGUUGCUUUUUGUGUAUAUUCUUAUGAGGGAAGAGUCUCUUUGUUAGACAAAAAGACUAAGCAACAAAUAUUACAAAAAUAUAUCAAAUUUAGAAAGAGAAAAGCCAAGAAGGGCCUCAAGAAGUUUGUCAAAUUUCGCAAAAAUCGCAAAGGGAGCAAUAUUUUUUUUGGUUAUUUAAAAUAUCGCAAGAAUAGCAAGAAUAACAAAUUUAAUAAAAUUCUAGACUUGAAAAGAAAAAAGACAAAGCUACAGCCUCAAGAAGUCCGCAAAUUUUGCAAAAAUCGCAAAAACAACAAGAAUAUUUUUUUGUUAUCCUUUAAAAGUCUGAACUUUUGCGCAAAUUGCUAUAUUGCGUAAUUUGUUAGCGUGUUUUGUUUUUGUUGUUGCUGCUGAAUAAAAGUUCUUCUGACUUUUUGCGAUUUUUGCGAUAUUUGCAGGCUUCUAGAGGACCUUCCCUAAUUUUUUCUUCGUAAGUCUUAAUUUUUGCUAAAUUUGUUAUUCGUUUUUAUUCUAGCAAUACUUCGUAGCGUUUAUUUUUGUUGAUGAUGUUUCGCCCUGUUCUUCACAGGCCUUUUUUUCCCGUAGAAAAUGACAUGGGAACGGUGCCCUGGAAAAGAUCCCUCGCUGGAAAUGAGAACUCUCGAUUCGCUUUGUGCUGAGAAAGAGUUUUGCGUUUGAAGCGAAUAUACAUGUCAUAAAUAGGAUAUUAUUUAUUUUGCAGCACAUUAAGACUGGCGAAUUCCGCAUUUGUCUCAAGGAGUUGUACGCAAACCAGCAUGAUCCUGUGAACGUGACCUAUGCAGUACUAGCAGGUGGGUUAGACGGCGGAAAAAAAAUCUUCCUUUGCAAUUACAAUGACCACGGACACUUGAAUUAAUUCAAUUAUAUAAGUUUCAAUUAUUAUCAUUACUAAUAUUAUUAUUAUUAUUAUUAUUAUUAUUACUAUUAUUAUAAAUUUUUAUAAUUUAUUGAUUGAUUACAGUCAAACCCCGUUAAUACCGACACCAAGAUUUGAUUGAACUUCAUUAACUCUUGUUUGUUUAUGCAAAAUGAUCGUUUAUUUCACCAUUGUUUGCCAAAUGAAUAUCAUGAGUACUGAUAAAAUCACCAAACCUUUUAUUGUAAAUGCGAACUUGGUUUCCCUGUCGAUUACAGGGCACAGUAAAAAGCAAUUAAUUAAUUAAUGGACUCCAGCCUUUUGGAUACUGGCUUAAAAAUUCUCAGUGAAAAACUGCAAGGGGUGACAGGCUGCACGUCUAUACCUUUAAUGUUUUGGCUCUAACAAGCAUGUCCUUCGCCAUAAUUUUCCUUUCUCAAAAAAUAACACUUUAACCCUCGGACGUACAAGGGGUGGGGGUGGAUACCCCCCCCCUUUAGGUUUUUCUGGGAUUUUUCCAAGAGGAUAAAACAUCAGCACCUGUCGUUUUCAGUAGAUGUUUGUUUAUCCCUCGCACGCAUUUUGAGACAAGUUCAGUGAUGAUCAGUUUCUAUGGUUACGAGGUAUGACGUAAUAAGUAGCAGGUGGACAAGCCAUUUUGAGUGAGAAUGUCUCUUUUUCAACUUUUUUCAACAAUAAAAGAAAAAUCUUGCAGCCAAAAUCAUGCAAAGUGCUUAUUUAUGUGUUAUUAUUCAUGUCAAGCAAUUACCAUUUUUCGUUGUUUUAACCUGAUUUCUAAUUCUUGGUAAAAUCAAGAUGGCGGCAAAGAUGGCGACCAUUGUUGGUGACGUAACAGGCCUCCAGCAGUGCCACCAUUCAUAAAAUAUACCUCAUCUUGUUAAGAAGAUCAAAGGCUUUUCAGUAAAGGCAAAAUCAAAAACUCUGGGGAGGGGUUCCAUCUACCCUCCUCUUGUACCAUGGUGGGGGGUAUGAUUUUGUGUGUACGUCCGAGGGUUAAUUUGGCAAGGUAGUGUUUGGUUUUGUAUGAGAUUACACUUUUUCAUUAAAGCUUCUUUCAUAAUAGUCAAUGAAGGGCUUGUAUUGUGUCACGAAAGACAAUACUUCUUUUUCUUCCUUGUUGUUUUGUUUCAGGAGCGCUGCUUUCCUUCUGUGAGUUUUACUUCUAAUAGCAAUUUUUAUUUCAAAAUUGUGUGGCCAGCCUCUGUCCAUCAACCGCUUUUUGAAAUCUGAAAUACUUCCUCAGAGGAGUUUGUUCGUAGGAUUCUCAAGGCUUCCUGUUUGUCAAAUCCAUUUUAACAAUUGGUGGGUGGUAAGAGGUGAAAAUGUAUAUACUGGAAGGUUUCCGUUUAAAAUGCGUCUUUACGUCAAUGAUAGCUUUUUCUCAUUUUUCGUUGAAUGUUGUGCCUUGGUAUACAACCGGGUCUAAAACGAUUGUCUCAGUGUCGGAUAUUUCGGCCGUUAAUUUUAUUGCCAGUAGAGCGGUAGGGUGAAGUAAGUUUACUUGAUCUGUGAAUUUGAAGAAAUCUACCAUGUCUGGUUUACCUAUGUCCCAUAGGGAAAAAGUAUCAUCUAUAUAGCUUUUUCAAACAGUUGGUUUAAAGACCGUUUUGCUUAACUUUGUGUUUCAAUGUAUGCGGCCAUGAAAAUGUUGGAAAGAAAACUGCUGUAUGUGCUCAUCGCGGUACCGUGGUUUUUUACUAUAUAUUGUGCUUUUCAUUAAGCUGGAAAGAAUUUUCUUUGAGGAUUAUUCUAAGCAUUUUUCGGACCGAAACAAGAAACGCUCAGUUUUUUCACCUUUGUCUUUUCAAUUCAAAGUAGACAGACUGCAAAUUAUCUUAGCUGCUAAAAAAUAUAUAUCUACGCGUCGCAACUGCUCAUCAGCAGGAUGCCUAAAAUGCGUGCAAUUCCACAAUUGGUUUCGGCUCCAUUAAAUCCUAUACCAAUUGCAGAACAUUUUAGGAGGAGCCACCCACCAUGUGAGCACUGUUAAAAUUUAUAAAGUCGGUAGCAUCUUUAAGGUGUGGUUUCUGUGAUUAUGACAUUAGUUGUAGUAAUGUACCCGUAUCAACAAAAGAGGAAGUUCUUUCUGUUAGACCAUCUAAUGAGUUAUAAAUUUAAAGAGGUUACUUCCUAACGGCUAGGAAAAAAAAUGCAAAAUGCCCUUUUUUUUCUGUAAACAAAUAUUGAUAAUGUCAGCCUAAGUCGGUAUUCGGUUAAUAUUUUUCCUGUCGGUAGUAGGUAAUUUUUUACUCGUUUUGUCGGUAGUCAGUAAUAUUUUUCGCCCUUUGUCGCUAGUCGGUUAACCCCAUUCACACCCUCUUACAAAUUCGAUAAGAGGAAAGCUAUAUGAAAUGGAGAAAAAACUAGUAAAUGAAGGAGAAUAAGACAGAAAAUAUAAAUAAUCUACAAACGGAGUUACAUUUAAAAUAAACUGAGUCUUCUUAUAAAUGUAUUCUUUAAAGCCUCCGAACGUUUCUUGGACUAAUUGUUAAUUAACAUAAAAUUAACAAAGGAGAAGAAUAAAUUGAGCAAAAAAAUACCAAUCUUAAAUGUGAAAAAUAUCAAAAGUUAGAAAAAAAAAUCUCGCUAGUUCCAAUUUCAAAGUCGUUACUAGUCUGUAAUAUUCAGCGCGUACAACAUGAACCUCUCAAGCACAACAGUGCAAGCCUCAGGAAGGCGAAUCCAUGACAUUGUCUUGCUAUAAUCCUCUCCUUUCUUGGCUGAUAAGAGUUUAGCCAGUCUACUGUGAUACCUCUUGCAUUCACCUGCCAUUCUUCUGGGCCCAGUCGUUCGAAAGCCCAUUAGGGCUUAACCCGGAGUUUUUCUCUGAUAAUUUUCUAUGCUUUUUUUAGAGCUUCCAAUCAUCAACUUGUAGACAAAAAGAAUUAAAACUGAAAUGCUUUUUAAGCUUUCAAAUCUGAAUUCAAAUCUCGCACUAAACCUGGGUUAUCUUAACCCAGCUUUGAACAACUCGGCCCUGGUGGUAGUAAAUACCAGUGGAGUGAAGGAGCCUUGUUCGACUUCUAGCACCCUGCUGGCGCACAUUCUUUUCCUCUCACUCUUAUGCUGGGGGUAGAUUUGUUUUGUGAUGAGGCCUUUAUAAGACACUGCAUUCGGAUAACAAACCCUAACGUCGAAAAAGGCAGAGUCUUGGCGCUCCAAAAAACUACGAGCGUGAAUGUCGAGCCGGGGAUCCGCUGCUCUCUUCGUACCAGGUGUCAGCACUUCUCCGUUUAUCUCCUGAAGUACAGGCUCAAUUUGGACGUCAUUGCAUCAUCUUCUAGCAUUUGGGCUUCCAAAUCACGUAACUCGUUAUGUCUUUGACUGAUGAAGCCUCUUCGUCUGCACACUAUGGUGUGGUCUACAUCGCGGACUUCCCUUCGAGUUAUCAGGAAUCGACCAUAUACAGUUAUUUCGAGAAAGGUUGUCGGAAAGAAUGUGCACGCAACAAUCCCGAAAGGUAAUCUGGGAUAUGAUCAAUAUGUUGUUCCUAACGACUGUAGCUGUCGAACCUACUUUUGUUGCUUUCCUUUAGCACUCGCAAACAUUACAUCGCAAACAUCCCGUGCCAUUCUUUCAAAUUUCUUUGAAGAACAGUGUCGCUCAAACUGCUCAAAAUACCUUUUGGGAUUGUCGCGUGCUCUUUUUCCGACAACCUUUCUCGAAAUAGCUGUAUAUUAAAAUAUGGAUUUAACCUCGUUAACCUUUCAUUGCUUUGUUUCUGCAGAUGUAUGUAAACCUGGUUGGUCAUAUUUUGGUGGCAUUUGCUACUCAACCAGUCAAACAUGUAAGAACUGGACUGAAGCCCAGAGUACUUGCCAAUCAUACAGCGCUAAUCUCAUCAGUGUACGAAACCAAGAAGAGAACGUCUAUAUUCAACAUAGGAUGAAUGGCGCCAAGGGCUGGAUUGGGCUAAACGAUAGGGGUACGGAGGGAACUUUUGUCUGGGCAGAUAAUCAAACAAACAAUUUCACUUACUGGGCUAAGAACCAGCCCAACAACUUCAACAAUGAAGACUGCGUUCACACCUUGGGAGUAGGACAUAGUUUUAUGUGGAAUGACGUGAGCUGUGAGACCUGCCAUAACUACACUUGUUCAGAAGGUACUGUGGAGCCUUAUUAUUAUUAUUAUUAUUAUUAUUAUUAUCGUUAUCAUUAUCAUUAUCAUUAUCAUUAUCAUUAUUAUUAUUAUUAUUAUUAUUAUUAUCAUUAUUAUUAAACUCUGAUUGGCCAUAAAGGAGUGCAUCUGUACUGCAACACAAGUGCAUAUUUGCACAGAAACUGUAGCGCGAGUGAAAUUACAAAUUCUUAAGUUCUUUUAAAAAUGGCCAAGAAAAAAGAACAGAAAAAAAGAAACCGACGAGAGCAAAUUUUUUUCUGUAGCAACACAUUCGCCAAAAAUGUGUGAUAGGGUGCGAAAACAAAACCCAAAAACCAAAACAAGGAACGAACUAGUACUACUAUUUGAAAGCACUGGGGUGAAUCUUGAUGUCGCUCAGAUUCAAAAGACUGUCCUAUUAGGGACAGCACGAAUCCUCCGACGGGUUCUCGACUACUAGUGUUGGAAGACGUGACCUGUACCGAGAACUAGCAACCAGUUGAACACUGAAAGUGUAUACAUAACAACAAUAACAAUAAUAAUAAUAAUAAUAAUAAUAAUAAUAAUAAUAAUAAUAAUAAUAAUAAUAAUAAUAAUAACAAUAAUAAUAAUAAUAAUAAUAAAUAAAUAAAUAAAUUUUAAAUAAGUAAAUAAAUUUAGUAUAGGUGCAGACCAUGAAAUUGAGGCUAGGAGACCGGAUCUAUUGAUCAUUGACAAAAAAGAGAACAACUGCCAAAUUAUAGACGUGGCAAUUCCAGAUAAUGGAAGGGUGAGAGAAAAAGAGGACGAGAAAGUAGAAAGAUAUCGAGAUUUCGCCAGAGAAAUCCGACAGAUAUGGGGCGUAAGGACAUAGGUAAUACCCAUAGUGGUGGGGGCAUUAAGGACAAUACCACUGAGGUUAAAAGAAAAUCUGAGGACCAUAGGUGUCAACAUAUCCAUUGAACUGAUUCAGAGAUUGCCUUUUGGAGUCUGCGAGGAGGAUCCUUUUAUUGACUUUUUUUUUCCGUUUUACACUUGGUUUCUAACUGCUUUUUGUUUGUUUUUUCUUUGUUUGUUUGUUAUUUUUUUUCAAACAAGAUUUUGAUGAAUGCGCAGGAGACAACAACCACUGUCACCAAAAUGCUGUCUGUACAAAUUCUCUUGGCUCCUAUAGAUGUCGUUGCUCGACGGGAUAUACGGGUGAUGGCUUGGCGUGCACAGGUAACUACUCUGAAAGCUCGAUCUGAUAUAUUGCCCAUUUGAAAUAGAAACAAGCAUAACUAAGAGAGGUCUUGCAAUCUGGCCCGAGUUGUUCAAAAGGUGGAUAGUGGUAUCCAGUGUAUAUAUCUUUUUUUUCUAUUCAGUGGAUAAGACAACUGGUCUCCCUAAUGCUUUUCCAGUGGGUAGGGAUAUAUCAAGUGGAUAGCGCUAUCAAUCUUAGGAAGAACUGUGGGUAUUAGAGUUGAACUGCGACUUACAAAACAAGUGUGACCGACAUUGCACCCGUCCUAAGCGUGCCAAACUACUCUGGAACCUGCGUACUUUACAUCAUUUGAAUAAAGUCCAAUCCGGUCAGGAGAAUGACCAUAGAACAUCGCGAAAAAGUUGUCAAUUUCAUCAGUGAACAAAUUUUUAAACGAAUAGAAAACAGCUUCUUUUUAGCAGGAACAAAAUUGUGAGAAAGUUCUUUGAAAUCAAUCAAAACAUCCAUAAGACUGCAAAGCUAAAGAAUCUCGUCGCCGUUCAUUCUCGAUUUGCCGAUUUGCAUCGACAAUCGCUAAUGAUAACUAGUAAUAGUUGACACUACAGCUGCCCCCGUUCUGUAUAUUGUCGGUCAAUAGUAUUCUUGCUCGUUGUGUAGCUCUUUAAAAUAUACCGAUUCAUAAUGAAGAUUUUCACACAUAUUACACACAAUAGGUGAGAUAAAUACAGAAAACGCAAGGUUCCAUGCACAGUUUCAGCUCGAUUUACACAGCUUUGAUCAAAGCAUUCUCAGUUUCGAGAAUAGUUUAUUCUCAACCAUAAGUAAAGAUUUAAUUAGAAGUUGAAUUUUUCGCUAUUUCUCUCUCACUUUUUACAUUCAGUUCAUUUUAUUUGCCGGAAAGUAAGCCUUAGAAAUUAAAAGGACGUUUGAUCGAUUCACGCUCGCGCAUUCUAGUCUUAUCUGAAACUUUAUAACGGAAGGACAUCUGUGAGCAGGGAAUAAGUCAGCACAGAAUUUGAUUGUCGGCGAAUUUCUGUAUUCGUCCAUCGUUCUGUUAGUGAUAGGCUAGCCGUUGUUCACUCGUCUUUCUUGUUUGGGGUUAAGUCUUAUUCCGGUCAAAGAGAGAGAAAGAGUGUCAGGCAAGGUUUCAAUAUAAAUCAAAGAUUUGUGAACUCGUGUCUCAACUCUCCAAGUGUAUAUAUAUGCACAGUUAAGAGCACCGUAUAACCUCAUCUGCGCUUAACGAGUGUCUUUUGGUCCAUAACUUUCAAAACAACUGCUCCACAGACUGUCGCUGCGUAAUGCAAAAAGAGUAUCGAAGUAUGACUGCCCAAUAAAUGUUACAAAAUCUACCUGAGCGGUCCCUUCGGGAUUUUCUGUCUUUACGUCAUCCUAAUCAUUUCGUACUUGCGGGCGCAAAAAAUAGAAACGUCAUCAUUACCUACCGAUUCCUCGCGGCCCCUGUUCAAGCAAAUCGAGAUUUUUUCUAUAUUGACGGUAUGACUGUAUAUUUCAACUGUAAGUACUUUCCUUAAUACACGCGCGAGUUACUAGAGUGCCUCCUCGGAAUUUCGCCUUCUGGGCGAAAUCCCUGCUCGGGCAAUAACGAUAAUGAAGUUCAUGAAGAACAGUGAAGUCAGCACAAAGAGCAGCCUGGGUGGAUAAUUUGAAAAUCCUGGCAGCGGCCUUUCAGGAUUUACUAUAAACAUGAAGUGUUGUGAACAACCUCGCCUUGCCAAACAACCUCUCCAGUAUUACCCGUUUUCGUUUACUCAGUUCAACUGGACGUUCAACGUUAAUUAUUAAUAUUUCAGCAGUUUACUAAUCUCUAAAUUCCUAUUGAGCUGUCUUGUAAAAUACUGAGUAAUUUUUUUGUUUUUCUUUCGUUUUCUUUAAUUUGGGGGAAGCGCACAAAGUCUAGAGAAAAUCGGUGUCUUCAGGCGUCAGUUAUUCAAGAGAAAGAUAACACUAUCACUAAUACUUAUCCGUUGGAUAGUGCUUUAUCCGGUGGAUAGCUCUAUCCCACUGGGGCCUGGUGUCUUCUUUGAGACGUUUAUAAAACAUCGACAAGGCAAAUUAUGUUACAGAUCAUGAAUACGUCUUAAGUAUUCUGUGUGAAUUAUUUUUUUUCUCGGUUCAUGCUCGCUCUAAUCGGACAGUCGAUCGGUUGAAAGUGAGUUAAUGAUUGCUUGUGUGAGGCAAAAAAUUAGCUGAAAGAAAUUCUUUUUCGUCGUUCAUAAAAGAGUUAUGCGAUUCGAGGAAAAUUCGCCAUCUCACCGAGAAGGCCUUGUCAAAUUACAAAAAAGGCCGAUAUCGCACUCAUCGCGUUAUUCCGGAUUUCGCGUGAAAUUUCACGUAGAAUUUUCUAGUCAUGAGGUGAAUUCUCCUAAAUAUUAAUUUCGAGGCCCAAAUGAACAUGCAGUCUAAAACUGGGAAUUGUGUAUUUUGUAACCUGUGAUCAAGCUUCCUUUAAAAGCAAUUUAGAGAUAUAGGGUGGCAAGACUGCAAGUUAUGUACCGUGCACUUCUGUCAAAAAUAGUGUUUUUGGUGUUUGUUUGUUGUUUGUUUGUUUGUUUUUAUUUUUUUAGACAUCGACGAAUGUUCUUCAGGUCAUCAGUGUGACAGCAGUGCGACUUGUUAUAAUACAGCUGGAUCUUACACUUGCAUCUGUAUUAGCGGUUAUACAGGGGAUGGACGAACCUGUAGAGGUAAAUUAAAUACAUUUUUUUCCGACCCACUACACAGUCGUGAUGAACUGUUAAUGGGUGAUUUCUUAAGCCGUUGCUAAACUUGAUUCCACAGAAAAAAAUCUUUUGAUCAGUGUUUAAACUUCGCAGAGUAAUUCAUUGCAUGAAACGGUAGACUGUUCUAGGGCGCUGUUAGUUUUUAUUAGUAUACAGCUGUUUCGAGAAAGGUUGUCGGAAAAAAUGUGCACGCGACAAUCCCGAAAGGUAACAUGGGAUAUGAUCAAUACACUGUUCCUGACGAUUGUAGCUGUCGAAUUUAUUUGUGGUGCUUUCCUUUAGCAGUCGCAAACAUAUGUCCAUGGCCUCAAGUGCCAUUCUUUCAAAUUUCUUUGAAGAAAAGUGAACUCAAAACCACCCACAAUACCUUUUGGGAUUGUCGCGUGCACUUUUUCAGACAACCUUUCUCGAAAUAGCUGUAUACUAAAACAGUGGAUAGUGUUUUUCGCUCGCUGUGAUUGGCUACUCAGUCAGUGAAUAUCCUGCACUAUUCACUGAUUCACCUCCAGCUUCUCCGGGCGAGCGACGCCAAACUCGCGUAAGUUUCGAACAAAAUACCUUGCCCGGUUUGCUGCUGUAACGAACAAAGAAAUUUCACAACUAAUCAGGCAAGCUGUUCCCGAAAUACACGAAGAAGGUGAUGAAGUUCGGGGUUGAAGUUUUAACAGGUAAAGCUUUGUCAUUUUGACUUGAGUUUAUCGAUAAAACCGGCGAAAAGUUUUUUGUUUACAAAUGCAAAUUAAGCUUAAGUCUUGCGUUACUUUAUUUAGUUGACUUGUUCAUAAAUAAGCUUAAAGCUAAAUUUAAUAAUCUUUUUACAGAUUGAUUUUAAAUACAAAAAGAAUUCACAACUCCUUUUGAGGAAAUUCCUAGGGUCUGCCGGAUUAUGCUCGAAAAAUAGAGUAUUAUGCUUUCAGGCGUCACCCGUGAAACUAGGGUAUUAUGCUCAAAAUUAUGCUCGACUGGAGGUAUUAUGCUCAAAUUAUGCCGGAUUAAAAUGACACUUCCACCCCCCGGCCUGUAUCUAUUAAUAAGCAUUCCUAGUCUUUCAUUUUGAAAGAAUUGUUAGACAACAAUUAUUCAGUUAAACAUUCGAUGAGCAAGCGAAAGGUCGGAAAUUGUGAGGCAUUGAAAGGCUUACUAUGGGCGCUUUCCAUUUAGUUAAAAUUUCCGGAAUUUCCGGUUCGGCGGUAAAUGGAACACGUUUCGUCGGUUCGUCCCACUGGAAAAUUCCCAGAAAAAGUGGAAAAUCUAAAAACGUGGUCCCGUUUUCCCGGUUGGAAUUUCCGAACGGAAUGUCGCGUUCCAUUUACGUUUCUCGUAGUUUGUACCAGUUCCAGGUCCACGGUCGGGCACCGCCACGUACCGGUGUUUACGACCAAAUGGAACAACUUUUUACCGAUCGGAAAUUCCACUUUUGCUACCACCGAAAUUUCCGGGUUUUUUUCCUAAAUGGAAAGCGCCCUUUAUGUGUUUCUCCAAUGAACUUGGAUUAUAGCAAAAUGCACUGGGUACGAGUCUAACGUAUCAAGUUAAAAUAUUCCCACUUUGAUCAACUUUGUACAUUCUAGAGCGUCGCUGAGAGCGAGUUGCUGGCAAAAUUUGCAUACACCUCUCACAGUUUUCAGAAACAGAGGCAUUAUGCUCCAAAAAUGUUAGUAUUAUGCCAGCAUUAUGCCUGAUGCUCCAGAUAUAGUAUUAUGCUCAAAAUUAUGCCGGCAUAAUCCGGCAGACCCUAGAAAUUUCCCCGCAAGAGCUCAACAAUUGCCUUCAAAAGUUUUAUUUGUCGGCAAGAAAAAGCGACGACCGCGGCCGUUCGGUCAUUGCGCGCCAAAAUUGUAAUCGCUGCAGGCAACAGUAAAUGAGUUAAAAAUCAUCAUUUUUGUGCUCAAUUAUCUCACUAUUUUAGUAUAUACUAAAACAAUUAUUCACCUCAGUGUCGGUGACUAGUGGUGGAAAUUUACCUCGCCGCUAACGCGGCCUCGGUAAAUGACCACCACUAGCCACCUCCACUUCGGUGAAUAAUUGUUAUUUAUCCCAUUACGGUACCAUUUUGUCACAGCUUUAGAAGACGAGGCCCCAUUUAGAACUAGACAUUAUUUCUAGCUACCAAAAAAAUGGCACCACUGGCUAAAAACGGAUUGUCAAAUUGACUCAAAGCAGGAGUAUGCAUCGAAUUAGCAAUAUCCUGUUUUAGUAUAUUUUUAUACUAAAACAGUGGAUGGUGUUUUUCGCGCGCUCUGAUUGGCCACUGAGCAAAACGGUUUCCCGGUUUGCUACCGUAACAAACAAAGAAAUUUCGCAAAUAAUUUAACAAGCUGUUCCCGAAAUGCACGAAAAAGGUUAAGAAAUUCGGUUUUGAAGCUUUAACAGGUAAUAUUUUGUCUGUUUGACUUGAAUUUAUCGAUGAAACCGGUGUAAAAGAGUAUUUUGUUUACAAAUGCAAAUUACGUCUUGCGUUUAAUACUUUAAUUAGCUGACAUGUUCAUAAAUAAGCUUUUAAUAGUUUGUAUAAACAAAAGGGUUUCAAAUACAAAAUAGCCUGCGUAGCAGGCGCUUGGAAGUAGUUGGCGAAAGAGAGAACGGGAACGCGGGAGGGAGACACGCGAGGGGCGAGGAGCGCCUGCACGGAAGGCCCCGAAAAUCGUUUCAACUUGCAUUCUGUGAGUGCGGAUAUUUCCAAUUGGUCGAGAGGCUUCCAAGGGAAAAAAAUACCGCGCGGGGCGAGAAAACUGUCAAUCAAUAGUACAUGGACAACGCAGUGAAGAUCUUAUAUUACACCACUAGCUCCUGAAACCACUGAAACCAGUAAAUAUACAAUAUACUACUUAUACUAAGUAAACAAUCGAAGGUCAUGUCUCGGAGGUCACUUCAGUCUGGUUUAAUGGGACUAUGUGGCUGUAAUCUCAAAGAAAAGUUAGAAUGUUCAAACGGUAUUCACGAUGGAAAGAAUUGACACCAGAUACGCAUUAGCAGAAGUGGCGAGAGACAAAAUAGCGUUGCAAUGAAGAUCAGAGGAAGUAUUCUUUACUAAGGAGAACUUGGCGGCUUGUGUUGUCAAUGGAACGCAUACAAUCAAAACUUGGACGUGAUUGAUGAAAUGAAACACUUACCAGGGACAUUAAUUUGAAAAAACGUUUCACUAUAGUAUUAUUCGCUGUUCAGAGGCGACCUCUGAGGUCUGUUGUUUAUGUCUCGUUACUGUAGUAGAAAACUUGUCGGUACAGUUUGUGUUCUGAAGUUUAGGUUCGCUUAGUAAGACGUGUCUGCUCCAAAAACGGCUGCCACUUACCGCAGAAAAAGCAAUGGUCAUUUUCCACGUACGCUGGGAUCAUUGGUGUCUGAGUAAGCUCAGAGAACAAUAUUUUUAGUUUUUUUUUUUUAAUACACAGCAUGCAUUCUUUAAAAGAUACCCAGUUUUGACUUUGUUAUUUCCUAUUUAUUGUGCCUGUGGUUAAAAACGAUUUAAAGCUGUGUGUUAACCAUCAGUUUAUUGCUCCAUCGCUCUAUAAUCAGAUAACCCAGCUGAUCUUUAUAACAGAUAUAUUUAGACCAAGGAUAAAAUGUACAACGCUUUUUUGCGGUACGCUUUGUUUGUGCGGGGUCAGUCGUUUUCUGUCAAAACUUUUGACAGAUCACGCAACGGCUGCCAGGUAAUUAGGUUGGGAGCGGGAAACGAUUUUCGAUGCCUUCCGGGCAGGCGCUCCCUCUCCCCUCGCGUGUCUCCUUCUCUCGCGCAGGUUUUUUUCUUGUACCCACUAAUUACAAGCGCCUGCUACGCAGGCUAGAUACAAAAAGAUCGAAAAGACCUUACAACUCCUUUGAAGAAAUUUCCCCAAAAUAGCCAAACAAAUGCCUUCAAUAGUGUUAUUUGUCGGUAAGAAAACGCGACGGCCGUUCGGUCAUUUGACGCCAAAAUCGUAGUCGUCUGCGGCAGUAUAAAAUGAGUUAAAAACAAUCAUUUUUGUGCUCAAUUAUCUCACUGUUUUAGUACAUACUAAAACAGUUAUUCACCUCUGUGUCGGUGGCUAGUGGUGAAUAAUUUUCAUCUAUCUAAUUUCGACCUGUCACAGGGAGUAGGACUUCCUUAUAGUUCUUGCACUUACAAUCAGCCGGUUCGACUCUUCGUAUUACGAACGUUUGUGUAUUACGUGGUCUGUGGAAUUUCAUCUGUAAAAAUGGUUCAUACGGAACAUGGUUAUAUUUCCUUGCAGAUGUGGAUGAGUGUUCGCUUAAAACUCACGACUGUGAUUCAAAUGCAAUCUGCAACAAUACAGGAGGGUCAUUUACUUGCAAGUGCGACGGAAAUGCGUUAUACUAUGGCGACGGGAAGACGUGCUCUCAUCACCGUAAGCGGACAGUCACUUAUUUUAUUUUGAAAUUGAUAAACGCAUUAAUGUUAAUUUUGUGGAUUAUUUGCAACGCUCUUCCGCUUCUUUUUGUGACCUUAACAACGUUACUCUCAAUGCUGACCAACGAAGUUGUUAGCAUUCAACGGCGCUAACAAAAAUCUACAGUAGUGAUUGAGAGUGCUUACCCUGGGUGCCAGAGACUUUUCUAGUGCGGUUUCCGGUUUUUGUCAAGUCUUUAUAGUGAAUGUGUCGGCCCUCUGCCAACACAGAAAAUUCCCGCCGCGCGCGAGAAAAACCUCUGGUACCCAGGGUAGAGAGUGCUUGAAGCUAACAAAACUCAAGUCGCACAAACUCCUGGGAACGAGGUUGCACGUCACACUGUCCGAAACGAAGAUUCAGGGAAAGUGUAUUGUUGAGAGAUCCCCAUGGUGGGGUGGGUUUUACGAAGAGUGUAUAUAAAAACACCUCUGAAGAAAACUUUUCUCAAAGCCAUGUUGGAUGCUGAACAGCUAGCUACUAUCUUAGCUGAAAUUGAGGCACAGCUGAACAGUCGUCCUCUACAGCGUAAUUACUCCCGCAAAGAUACUAAUGGUUUUGGGAGCGUUGGUAUGCCGAGUAUCUGCAGUCUCUGACACCCCUCAAGAAAUGGUGUACAGACACGCGGGCAGUAAGCCCUAAGUUUAAAGAAAUCGUUCGAAACACCUAUAAUACACGAGCUCAUUCACUCAGAGUGAUAUUUUACUUUUUGUUGUUUUGUAUAUUGAUUUUUUCUUUCUUUUUUUUCUCUUUUCUUUGCUUGGGGGAGGGGAGCUGGUGUUGUCUAGCUGAGCAGUUAUUGUGUACUUUCCCACUGUUUUAUUACACUAAAGAAUAAUCUUUGGGUCUGUCUCUUUCUAGGCCUUGAUGACUCUAUCGUUUUAGCCAAUGACGCUAGCAUGAUAUCGCAGCUAAAUUCCUGGCUUAGUCCCAAGUUACGCAGUUCAUACAGUUACUGGAAACUGUGUUACAGAGCUUCCGUUGACGGUUGGAGAUCACGGACCUUUCACAAUCGUUGCGAUAACAAAGGAGCCACUGUUACCAUUGUAAGGGUUGGGAGCUAUAUUUUCGGAGGUUACAACGAUAAUUCAUGGCAAUGUAAGUUCUCAAAUAUGGUAAGCAUGACGCCAUGAUCGUCCUUUGUUCAAAAUAAUGUCUUAAACCUAGGAUGAGGAGGAAAGGUCUGUUUUAUAACCCUCCUGUCUUUUGUAUAAUUGUAUUUAUUAAUUGUUCCUUGAUAAACUGAUACUAUUUUGUUAGUAGCCUGUUCCAGGCGUUCAGAUAGUAGAGCGCGGGAGAAAAAUUCACGAAGAAAAAAAACGAGGGGAGACUCGCUCUCGCCCCCAUUCCCCCUCCAUACACCAUUUUACAGCUGUGGGCUUAGUAUCCUAGACUUCGAAUGAGUGCAAGACUGAGGUUGACCAUGAUAGAUAGAUAGUUGGAUAGUAUUAACAAUACUUUGCUGCACAAAGGCUGAAUUGCGUAUUUACAAAUUAUGCAAUUGAUAAAAUGUGUAUAUAAAACUAAUAACCGUGAAUAAAAAAGUGUGAGAAAUGUGAUAAAAAGUCUAAAAAUCUACGUACAGGAUCAAAUAAUAAAACUAUUCCUAAAACGAUCUGUCUUGCAUUUAGGUACAAUGAAGCGCCUGUUGCACCUUAGAGCAUAACAAUGUUGUGAUACAAACCUCCUUUGUUUUGUUAUGGAAAUUAUACUUAAAAAGUGCUUGUUGAAAGAAAGCAGAAAUGGUUGUAUCAAAGCAAGGUCCACUCCAGCCUCGUUUCCAUCCAUAAUUGUAAAAUGGUCUAUUGAACGCGACUGAGUUACACUGAAUCUCUACUUGUUUGUGUUCUGUUUUUUUGUCUCUUCAGGGUAUGCUGGUUAUCAAUAUUCGACAAAUACUUUCUUGUACUCACUAAAAAACUACAAGGGGUAUGGAUACUUCAAAAAGGACAUAACUGACGGCCACUAUGGCUACGCCACUUACAGCGAUUAUAGUUUGGGUCCAACCUUUGGUGGGGGCCAUGAUAUGUACAUUGCGGACAAUGCGGGAAGAAAUACCAAUUCUUACUUUAAUUGUCACUCGUACCAGAGGCCUUAUUGCGACUAUGGCAUUUGGGUUGGAACACGAUACGGGAGUAAUUUCCGCCCAGAUGAGUUGGAAGUUUAUUAUGAAGUGCUUGCUUGAAACUGAGCAGCUACAAAAAACAAAGG